AUGGACAUCGGCACAGAACAGAUCCCGUCACCGCCAGGCCUGCCGCUCAUCGGCAACCUGCGCGACCUCGACGUGGCCGCCCCCAUCCAGUCCAUCAAUCGCCUCGCCGAGCAGUACGGCGACAUCUUCCGGCUCAACAUCGUCGGCACCACAUCCGUCUUUCUGUCCAGCAACGCCCUCGUCAACGAGGUGUGCGACGAGAAGCGCUUCAAGAAGAACGUCGGCAACGUCCUCAAGCAGGUCCGCAACGGCGUCCACGAUGGCCUCUUCACGGCCUUUGGCGAGGAAGAGCCCAACUGGGGCAAGGCCCACCGCAUCCUGACGCCCGCCUUUGGGCCGCUGUCCAUCCAGAACAUGUUUGACGACAUGCACGACAUUGCCACCCAGCUCGCACUCAAAUGGGCGCGCCGCGGCCCCAGCGAGCCCAUUCAUGUGACGGACGACUUUACCCGCCUCGCCCUCGACACGCUGGCCCUCUGUGCCAUGGACUACCGCUUCAACUCCUUCUACAGCGAAGAGAUGCACCCCUUUAUCAGCGCCAUGGGCAACUUCCUCGUCGAGUCCGGCAACCGUAGCCGCCGCCCACCGCUGCCGGCCAUGUUCUACAAGGCCGCCGACCAGCAGUAUGCCGCCGACAUUGCCACCAUGCGUGCCGUCUCCGACGGCGUGGUCAAUGCCCGCCGCGCACAGAACCCGCCGUCCGAGCGGAGGGAUUUGCUGGCCGCUAUGCUGAGCGGCACCGAUCCGCGGACCGGCGAGACCUUGGACAAUGCCUCCAUCACCAACAAUCUGAUUACCUUUUUGAUUGCCGGCCACGAGACGACCUCGGGCAUGCUGUCGUUUGCGUUUUACGACCUCCUGCGGCACCCAGAGGCCUACAGCCGCGCCCAGCACGAGGUCGACGACGUCUGUGGCACCGGGCCCAUCACCGUCGACCAGCUCCCCAAGCUCAAGUACAUUGCCGCCGUCCUGCGCGAGACCCUGCGCCUCAACGCCACCAUCCCGGCCGUUGGCGUCACCGCCCGCAAAGACGAGACGCUGGCCGGCGGCAGGUUCUUUGUCAAGGGCGGCGAGAACCUGGUCAUGCUCCUCAUGCGCGCCCAGGUCGACCCAGUCGUCUUUGGCGACGACGCCCGCUCGUUCCGCCCCGAGCGCAUGCUCGACGAGAGCUUUGAGCGCCUCAACAAGGCGUUCCCCAACUGCUGGAAGCCCUUUGGCAACGGCGCGCGUGCCUGCAUUGGGCGGCCCUUUGCCUGGCAGGAGGCCUUGCUGGUCAUGGCCAUGCUCCUGCAAAAUUUCAACUUCCGCUUCGACGACGCAAGCUACCAGCUGCGCCUCAAGGAGACCUUGACCAUCAAGCCCGACGGUUUCUUCAUGCGCGCCCAGCUGCGCCAGGGCCUGACACCCACAUUGCUCGAGAAGCGACUCGCGGGCACGCCCACCGACAGCAGCAAGACCGCCUCGGCCUCGUCUACGCCCAAGAAUGGUGCCGCUGCCGCCAGCACCACUGGAAGGCCUCUCAACGUGUACUACGGCUCGAACAGCGGCACAUGCGAGGCCAUGGCCAACCGCAUCGCCGCCGACGCACCUGCCCACGGCUUCCACGCCGAUGUCCUUGCACCCCUGGACGCCGCCCACCAGGCCUUGCCAACCGACGGCCGCCCCGUUGUCAUUGUUACUGCCUCGUACGAGGGCGAGCCCCCAGACAAUGCCGGCCUCUUCGUCAACUGGCUGCGCAACGGCAAAGCGGGCGACGCGGUUGCCAAGGGCGUCUCGUAUGCAGUCUUUGGCUGCGGCCACCACGACUGGGCACAGACCUUCCACAAGAUCCCGACGCAGGUCGACAGCCAGCUGGAAGUGCUCGGCGGCGAGCGGCUGGCCACCAUGGGCAAGACCGACGCCGCUGAGGGGAACAUGUUUGAAGACUUUGAGACCUGGGAGGACACUGUCCUGUUCCCGGCGCUCAAGGCCAAAUACAACGUGGGUAGUGGCGAUGCGAACGGCAAGGGUGGUGACGCUGCUGCUGCCGCUCCCGUACCCGACCUGCGCAUCGAAAUCUCCACGCCGCGUGCGUCGAACCUGCGCCAAGAUGUGCGUGAAGCCGUCGUGGUCGCCGCCCGCUCGCUGUCGGGCGAGCCAGGCGAGCCCGGCCGCAAGAUGCACGUCGAGAUCGAGCUGCCGACCGGCAUGACCUACAAUGCCGGCGACUACUUGGCCAUCCUGCCCUUCAACCGGCAGGCGUCCAUUACGCGCGCCAUGCGUCGCUUCCACCUGCCGUGGGAUGCCAACCUCACCGUGCACACGAACGACGGCGGCUCCGACUCGACACAGACGAACCUGCCAACAAACACGCCACUGCCGGUCUACGGUGUCCUUGGUGCCUACGUCGAGCUGGGCCAGCCAGCCACGAAGAGGAGCAUCCUUGCCCUCGCUGACGUGGCUGACGGCCAGGCCAAGACGGACCUGCAGCGCCUCGCCAGCGACGACUACACCAGCGAGGUCAGCGCCAAGAAGGUGUCCAUCCUCGACCUGCUCGACCGCUUCCCCUCGGUGGACCUGCCCUUCGGCACCUUCUUGGCGCUGCUGCCGCCCAUGCGCGUCCGCCAGUACUCGAUCUCGAGCUCACCUCUCUGGAACGCCAAUCAUGUCACCCUGUCGUACGCCAUCUUGACGGCCCCUGCACUGGCCGACGAGUCGCGCAAGCACGUGGGCGUCGCGUCCCACUACCUGUCGAACCUCCAGCCGGGUGACCGCCUUCACGUCGCGGUCCGCCCCAGCCAUGCCAGCUUCCACCUGCCGCACGACGCGGAGAAUGUGCCGAUUGUGUGCAUCGCCGCCGGCACCGGUCUCGCACCCUUCCGUGGUUUCAUCCAGGAACGUGCGGCCCUGAUCGGUGCCGGUCGCCAUCUGGCACCCGCGCACCUCUUCUUCGGCUGCCGUGGCCCGGCCGACGAUUUGUACCGCGACGAACUCGACAAGUGGGAAGCCCAAGGCGCCGUCACCGUCCACCGCGCCUACUCGCGCCAGACGGAUCGUAGCGAAGAAACACACGGCUGCAAGCACGUCCAGGACCGCCUCUGGCACGAUCGCGAGGACAUGGUCGAACUCUGGCAGCAGGGCGCGCGCGUGUAUGUGUGCGGAUCGCGCCGGCUCGGCGAGGGUGUCAAGCAGACGCUGCUGCGGAUGCGCCAGGAGGCGCGUGCGGCCGCGGGCAAGCCGGAGACGGAGGAGGAGACGGAUGCGUGGUUUGCGCGCAUCCGGUACGAGCGGUACGCCACGGACGUGUUUGACUAG